AUGACAACAACAACAAAUAUUAUUAACAAUGGAGUGUCUUCAUUUUCAUUGAACAAUAAUAGUAAUAUACCUACCAUACAUUCACCAAGUAAUCCAAUAGUAGAUUGUAUUAGAGAUGGUACAAUGGCAUAUAUAUAUUUGGUAGAUGAAUCAUAUAUACAACAACAACACCAACCAAAUCCAAAAUUCCCAUCAUUGAUACCAUUACCAAAGAAACUAUAUUCAACCACACCAAAUAAAACCACACCUUAUCCAUUCCAAUUUCAACAAAACAAUGAGAAUUUAUCAAUUGUUAAAGAGAUUUAUAAUUAUAUAAAUUGUUUUGAAAUUAAAGAUUGUAGAGAUUUUCAUUGUGUAGAUUCAAUUAAAAGAUAUGCAAGAUUUCAUUUGAAUUUAACAUUGAAAUUUAUGGGAUGUAAAUCAAUUCAUGCAAGACAAAUUUCAAAUACAGUGUUUGAACAACUUGAAAAGUGUAGAAUUGAACAAAACAAACAAUUAACUGCUACAAAUAAUAAUGCAAUUGUUACAACUGAUUCAAUUACAAAAACUGAACAAUCAACUACUACUACUACUACUACUACUACUACUACUACUACUACUACUGCAACAACAACAACACAACCACCAAUUUAUUGUGUAUCAAUUCAAAGAAAUAUUUUCUAUUAUAUCAUUGGUCACAUACUAUCAUGUUAUCAAUAUUCAAAGCCACAAUAUAUAAUUGAUUUCCCUGUAUCAUGUGAAGUUCAAGAUAAAAAACAUUCUUUUACCAUUUUAUUGGGUGGUACAUCUGGUUGUGGUAAAUCAACACUCACUGCUUUAUUAGCCUCAAGAAUCGGUUUCACUGCUGUUAUCUCUACUGAUAACAUUAGACAAUUACUAAGAAAAUUCAUUAGUAGACAAGAAUCACCUAUACUUUGGGCUUCAACUUAUCAUGCUGGUGAAAUCAUUUCAAAUCCAUCAUUAUCACAUAAAGAAAAAAUUUUACAAGGUUAUGAAGCACAAAAUGAAAUGAUUUUUAAUAAAUUAGAUAUUUUAAUUGGACAUUAUGAAAAGAGAAAAGAAUCAUUAAUUGUUGAAGGUGUUCAUUUAGAUACUAAACUCAUUCUAAGAUUAGUAAAGAAACAUCCAUCUUGUAUUCCAUUUUUAAUGUACAUUAGUAAUGAAGCAAAACAUAAAGAAAGAUUUGCAAUUCGUUCAAAAUAUAUGACUCUCGAUCCUCAUCAAAAUAAAUAUACAAAAUACUUUAAAAAUAUUCGUAUCAUUAAUGAUCAUUUAUGUCAUGGCGCUGAUGAACAUAUGAUUCCACAAAUUGAUAAUACAAGUAUUGAUAGAUCUUUAGCUACAAUUCAUGGCACCAUCUUUGCUUGUUUAAAGAGAAAAGUACAAUGUGGUGAAUCUUAUUAUAAUCAUGAAACUGAUAAAAUGAAUAUGUUAUAUAAUCAAUAUGAACAAAUUCAACAUCAAUUUUGGUCAUCAAAGGGUAUGUUGAGAUUAAUUCAAAAAAAAAAAACUGUUAGUCCUCAUGGAAAUAAUAACGUCACCGGCGAUGUAGAUAAUAAUAAUAGCAAUAGUAACAACAAUAAUGUCAAUAAUAAUAAUGGUGAUAAUAAUGGUGAUAGUAAUGUUGAUAAUAAUAGUAAUGAUAAUGACAAUAAUAAUAAUAAUAGUAAUAAUAUUAGUAAUAUUAAUAAUGAUAAUGAUAAUAAUAAUAAUGAUAAUGAUAAUAGUAAUGUUGAUAAUAAUAACGAUAAUAGUGAUAAUAGUGUUAAUAGUAAUAAUAGUAUUAAUAGUAAUAAUGGUAAUGAGGGUAGUAAUAAUUGUAAUGUUGUAAAUGGUAAUAAUAGUAAUAGCGAUAUAUUAAUUAAGGUUGAAUACAAUAAAAAUAAUAAUAGUAGUAGUAACGAUAAUGAAUACAAGAAUAGCAAUGACAAUCAUUGCAAUAUAAAAAAUGAAACCGAAAAUAGUGAUAUUAAUGGUUGUAUCAAUAACAACAUCAUCAGCUACAAUAACAAUAUAAAGAAUAACACUGAUAAUACCACUGGUAAUCAUAAUUAUACCACUAUGAAUGGUAACAAUGAAAAUGAUUGUAAAAAUAAUAAUAAUAAUAAUAAUAUUAAAACCAUACCAAACGAGGGACAACAACAACCACAACAACAACCACAACAGCAACCACCACAACAAUCACAACAACAACCACAACUACAACAAAAAAAGCAACAAAUACAAGAAGAACAACAAAAUUUAAAUAAUAAUAAUAAAUCAAUUGAAGAUGAUGAAGAAGCAUUCAAUAGCGAUGAUGAACAUGAUCAUGAAGAUGAUUCAAUUAGAGGUAAUGAAUCUGGUUCAGUUGGUGACCAUGGUAAUAGUGUUAAGAAAUCCUCAUUAAAUGAUAAAAAUCAUAAUAAUGGUAAUAAUCAAAGUAAUGAAGAUAAUGACGAUGAUUCAGAUAUUUCAGAUUCAGAUUCAGAUGGUGGUGAAAGAAUUGAUUAUUAUUUAGAUUGUGGUUCACUUGGUAGUUAA